AUGCACCAGCAGCAGCACCAGCAGCAGCAGCAGCAGCAGCAGCAGCAACACCAACAGCAGCAGCAGCAACAACAGCAGCAACACCAAAAACAGCAGCAGCAGCAGCACCACCACCACCAACAGCACCAGCAGCAGCACCAACAGCAGCAACAGCACCACCACCAACAGCACCACCAGCACCAACAGCACCAGCACCAGCAGCAACAGCAGCAGCAGCAGCAGCAGCAGCAGCAGCAGCAGCAGCAGCAGCAGCAGCACAUACAGCUGGCGAAUAUUUCAGUAUGA